UAUGUAAUCGUUGGUCAACAGUUCAUUUGAAGGGGUUCAAUUACAUAGUUCCCCGGGUUCGAAAGUCGUACUGAUCGAAAUGCCGUCAGCUGAGGUUGCAACCUUAGCCAAGCUACGUGCAAGAGGAUGGUAUCUAAGCGAGGAAGGCUUGGAGAUUUGCAUGGACGAAUUAACCCCUUCAGGGUCUGGUUCAAAGCGGGACGACGCCAAGGGGCCCUCUGUCGAUGAGAUUAUUGCCGUUGCUAAGAAUAUUGACAUUAAGACAAUCGGAGUUCCCUUUCUGAGUGACCUACUGAAACAGAAAGCUACUUCGGAUAAGGCAACUACGACGGAGGUUGUGCUUCAAGUACAGAAGAUACGGAACAUUUCCGCGCCGAAAAUAAAUGAGAACUCAAACUCAGCGCCGCGAAUGUUAAGACUGAAUCUGUCCGACGGUUAUUCCAGUAUUAAGGGGGUUGAAAUUGAGCUCGUGCCUGGUUUGAAUUUGAAUUUGCCGCCGGGUACAAAAGUACACGUCGCGUUGUGUGGUAAAGACCAAUCUCGAGCGGAAACCCCUGGCAGCUUUGUCAACAAUUAUCUCCUCUUGGGUCCUACUUCGAUCACCGUCAUCGGCGGCCGCGUUCCCGACUUGGUGGACAAGUGGGAAUUGAUGCGGAGCGUGGCGGCUCAGAACCGAGUUCAGAGUAUGGCUGGAGAUAGUGAAGGCUGUCCGCCGUGGAUUCCUUUCGGAUCUGGUCAGAAGACUACUCCGCAGAACGCCAAUAAAAAUUUUAAAGCAUUGCCAGGCGCAAAGGGACCAGGUAGAAGUGACGGCGAGGGGGCCAUGGGAGAUUCAUCGUCGGCUGUGAAUCAAGAUUUUGAAAAUCAUCGUCGUACUGCCAUUAACGAAGCUUCGGCGAAAGGAGCAAAGAAAGGAACUGCUCCUCAUGUUCGUCAGGAUUCGGACAAAGAUAGGUCGAAAGAUAGUAAAGAGGAUAGCAAAACCUCAAAGAAAGGGAGUGGAGGAGGACCUUCGGCGAAAUCAGAAACCGCGGUGAAUGGUACGAAUGGUAGUAAAAGUGGAGAGACGUCGAAUCAUUCGAAAACUGGAAGUCUGAAACGAAAUGCUACCGAAGUUAGUGGGGAGUCAAAAGCCCCUCCUGCGCCAGUGGCUGAUCGAAAGUCUACGUCCACCCCUGUGGCUUCCUCCUCUCCGACUUCGAAAUCCGUCGUGUUGGUGUCGCUAUUGACAGUGAGGAAGGUGCCAAAGCACUUCAUUUUUUUGUUCUUAUGA